UUUCCCUUUUGCAUCCAGUUUUGCUGCACUCUGGAGUGAUCUUUCUCACUAACUAUUUCCCUUCUGUCUUCCCAUAUGGGAGAGUUAGAAUAUAUACAGAUAACAUGCAUCGUAUAUGCAUAAGUUUAGUUAUAUACAUCUACAUAUAAACAUAUAUUUAUAUAUUUUGUAUCUAUAGAUACACAAAUGCGUUAUUUUUCUAGGGGAUGCAGUACAUUCUUUUUCUAGGCGAUUAAUACAUUCUUUUUCUAGGGGAUGUAGUACAUUCUUUUUCUAGGAGAUUAAUACAUUCUUUUUCUAGGAGAUGUAGAGCAGAAGCAGAUUUGUCAAGCCGGCUGGAUAAGAGAAGGCAGGAGGAUGGUGAUACAACACCCAGCACUGCCUCUGCUCUCCCGUCUGCUCUCAGUCCCCCCUGCCCGCUCACGGCUUUUUGAGGAUGCGACAAGCCUCAGCGCCAGAGCGCAGCAUCCUCGGAGGGUCGCCCCCCUCAUCACCCCGAGUCCCCGUCCCCGCCCAAUCAGGGCGCUGGGGGAGGGAUGCUCGGGCAGGGAUGCAGGGUUGCCAGGCGACAGCAGCGUCCCCGUGUCCCCCCCUCCCUCUGUGUGUCCCCCCGGGGACCGGGCUGCGCUCCUGCCCGCGCUGCCGGCGCGGUUAAACAGCCGCGGGGCCGGCAGCCUCGCAGCGUGCGGAGAGCGGCUCGCCUCCCUCCGAGGGCUGCCUGCCCCAGCCCCGCUCCCCGCCGCGCCGGGGGCAAUAGCCAGCCUCAAAGUUAGAGCUAGAAACGCAGUAAAUGAAUAAGCGGUAGGAAUUCGCCUCUGCCGGCCCCUCCGCUGCGGAGCUGCCGCAUGCCCCGGGUGCCGGGAGCGGGUUCUCACUCCUCGUCUUCCCAACUCUAGGUCGCCUCCUAAUUUAAAGCUUUGCACCAGUCCCCUUUGUCCGGAAAGGAGCGGAAAUCUAGAAAGAUGCCGGGCUGUGAAACGGGACUCCAGUUCACAGCGCUGGUACCAGGCGCUGCCUGGCCGAGGAGAGCCAAAGUUGCUCAGAGGAACGGGAAGCGGGUGCUCCAGGGGAGAGGGGAAGGGAAAGGGAUCAUCGCUUGGUGAUCGCGGUCUCUCCUUCCCGCUGCCUCCCUCUUCUCCUCCUUCCUUACCUCUGACCGCUUAGGAGGCCUUGAUGAGUUUGUAUAGGGAUCCGGUCCAAGGCGGGGGGGAGAAAGCGUGACUGUUCCCAGAGGAAGCAGCAGUUUGGGGGGUGAGACUCCCCUGUGGAUGUUUAACGAGCACAUCGGGAGGCUCGCGAUGCCCGGGAGCAGCUGGAGACCCUCGCCGGGACCUACCUUCAUUGCACGAGGUCCAGUGGAAAGACGUGUUGGCUUGUUCUUCACUGGCUUGUGGGACAGCACUUCAAAUUUGGCAAUGGAUCAGAAGGAUUGAAGAGCACAUUUGCUCCCACCAAUGUUUCUUAGAGCUGCUAAAACAGGACCAAUGAAGAUGUUCACCAGGCUCCAAGUCCUUGCACUAGCUUUAUUUUCCAAAGGAGUUUUCCUUUCCCUAAGUGACCACAGCUUUGUAAGAAAGGAGAUCAAGAUAGAAGGGGACCUGGUCUUAGGUGGCUUAUUCCCAAUCAAGGAAAAAGGCACCGGGAUAGAAGAAUGUGGGAGAAUCAAUGAAGACCGAGGCAUCCAGCGCUUGGAGGCCAUGUUGUUUGCCAUUGAUGAAAUCAACAGAGACAACUACUUGCUGCCAGGAAUUAAGCUCGGCGUUCACAUCUUGGACACAUGUUCCAGGGAUACAUAUGCCUUAGAACAGUCUUUGGAGUUUGUCAGGGCAUCGUUGACUAAAGUGGAUGAAACAGAGUAUAUGUGCCCUGAUGGCUCAUAUGCCAUUCAAGAGAAUUUACCACUGCUCAUUGCAGGAGUCAUAGGCGGUUCCUAUAGCAGUGUCUCCAUACAGGUGGCAAACUUGCUCAGGCUCUUCCAGAUCCCCCAGAUAAGCUAUGCCUCCACCAGCGCCAAGCUGAGUGACAAAUCCCGCUAUGACUACUUUGCGCGGACAGUGCCGCCGGACUUCUACCAAGCAAAAGCCAUGGCUGAAAUCUUACGGUACUUCAACUGGACUUAUGUGUCAACAGUUGCUUCAGAAGGAGACUAUGGGGAAACAGGGAUCGAAGCCUUUGAGCAGGAAGCUCGCCUCCGCAACAUCUGCAUCGCCACCUCCGAGAAAGUGGGCAGGUCCAACAUCAGGAAGUCCUAUGAUGGUGUGAUCAGAGAGCUGCUCCAGAAACCCAACGCCAGAGUGGUGGUGCUCUUCAUGCGAGGAGAUGACUCUCGGGAGCUUAUUGCAGCUGCCAACCGCUUCAACGUCUCCUUUACCUGGAUUGCCAGUGACGGAUGGGGAGCUCAAGAGAGUAUUGUCAAGGGCAAUGAGCACAUAGCUGCUGGGGCAAUAACCUUGGAACUUGCUUCCCAUCCAGUUAAAGAGUUUGACACGUAUUUCCAAAGCCUCAGCCCUUACAAUAACAGACGCAACCCCUGGUUCAAGGACUUCUGGGAACAAAAAUUCCAGUGUAAUCUCCAGAACCGAAAGCCACAUAAAAAGGCUUGUGACAAGCACUUCACCAUCAACAGUUCCAACUACGAGCAAGAAUCCAAGAUCAUGUUUGUUGUGAAUGCCGUGUAUGCGAUGGCCCAUGCCUUGCAUAAAAUGCAGAGGACUCUCUGUCCAAACACCACCAAGCUCUGUGAUGCCAUGAAGCAUCUGGAUGGGAGGAAGCUGUACAAAGAUUAUCUCCUGAAAGUAAACUUUACAGCUCCAUUCAACCCUCCCAAUGCUGCGGACAGUAUGGUCAAAUUUGAUGCCUAUGGAGAUGGGAUAGGACAAUACAACGUGUUCAAUUUCCAGUACACCGGAGGUAGAUACUCCUAUGUGAAGGUUGGUCACUGGGCAGAAACUUUAUCACUUGAGGUGGACAAUAUCCACUGGUCCAGGAGCUCUGUCCCUGUCUCCCAGUGCAGUGACCCCUGUGCUCCAAAUGAGAUGAAGAAUAUGCAACCAGGAGAUGUCUGCUGCUGGAUUUGUAUUCCCUGUGAAAUCUAUGAGUACCUGGCUGAUGAAUUCACUUGUGCAGACUGUGGGCCUGGAAAAUGGCCCACAGCUGACCUGACUGGCUGUUACGACCUACCAGAAGACUACAUCAAGUGGGAAGAUGCUUGGGCGAUAGGUCCUGUGACAAUUGCAUGUCUGGGUUUUAUUUGUACUUUUAUGGUCAUUGCAGUGUUCAUCAAGCACAACAAUACCCCCCUGGUCAAAGCCUCUGGCCGUGAACUGUGCUACAUAUUGCUCUUUGGGGUCUUCCUGUCUUACAGCAUGACUUUCUUCUUCAUAGCCAAGCCUUCUCCAGCUAUCUGCACCCUGCGUCGUUUGGGGCUAGGAAGUUCCUUUGCUGUCUGCUAUUCUGCCCUUCUGACAAAAACGAACUGCAUAGCCAGAAUAUUUGAUGGUGUAAAGAACGGUGCUCAAAGGCCUAAGUUCAUCAGCCCCAGCUCUCAGGUCUUCAUCUGCCUGAGUCUCAUUUUGGUACAGAUUGUGGUGGUGUCCGUGUGGCUUAUCUUGGAGGCUCCUGGCACCAGGCGGUACACUCUUCCUGAGAAGAGAGAGACUGUCAUAUUGAAAUGCAAUGUCAAAGAUUCCAGUAUGUUAAUCUCCUUAACAUAUGAUGUAAUCCUCGUAGUCUUAUGCACGGUAUAUGCCUUCAAAACGAGGAAAUGUCCAGAGAACUUCAAUGAAGCCAAGUUUAUCGGUUUCACAAUGUACACAACGUGCAUCAUUUGGCUGGCCUUUCUCCCCAUAUUUUAUGUGACAUCCAGUGACUACAGAGUGCAAACCACCACCAUGUGCAUCUCUGUGAGUCUGAGCGGCUUUGUUGUGCUGGGCUGCUUGUUCGCGCCCAAGGUCCACAUCAUCCUCUUCCAGCCCCAGAAGAACGUGGUCACUCACAGACUCCAUCUCAACAGGUUCAGUGUCAGUGGGACCGGGACCACUUACUCCCAGUCAUCUGCUAGUAUGUACGUACCGACCGUCUGCAAUGGAAGGGAAGUUCUGGACUCCACCACUUCAUCUCUGUGAUUGUGACUUGCGGUUCAGUUCUUGAGUUUUUAGACUGUUAGGCAAAAUUUUGCACAUGUUGUGCACUUUGGAAAACACCAGAAAACAGAAGAAAUCAAAACAAAACUAGUACCUUUUUUUAGAAACAGUGUAAUAAAUUAUUUUUGAGGAUUGUACAGUAUAUAGUGAUGUUCUGGAACUUUUUAGACUGAUUUUAGCCUUUCUGUUGUUAACGGUUGUAAGGGACGUGUAAAUAACCAUGGUUCACAAUGUGCAUAGUCCUGCAGUAAGGAAGUGAUUUGUUGCAAGCACAGUUGCAAUGUUAGGUGACUUCUUUCCUACGAAAUUUUUUUGUAGCUCCUUGUUGUAAUUAACUUAGACUGCAUUUCUAUGUUGUAUAUUACAGUUACCUUACGUGUAACAGAUUGGUUUUCUCAGCACAAAACAGCAGUAUUAAUGUAAAGGUACCAAUAAUAAAAAGAUAAAAGUUUUUCA